AUGCUGAGCUGCUUCUGUCAAACCCUCGGGCGGCGGUCAGCGUGUAAGCAUGCUGAGAAGGAGUGACUCCGAGAAGCUCAGCGAGCUGCCACACACAUUCCUGCUGCUGGAGAUGCUAAGUCCAUCAUCACGUGUCGGGUGUCCCUCCUGGAUGGUACUGAUGUUAGUGUGGACUUGCCGAAAAAAGCCAAAGGACAGGAGCUGUUUGAUGAGAUCAUGUACCACCUGGACCUUAUUGAAGGUGACUAUUUUGGACUGAGAUUUAUGGAUUCAGCACAAGUAGCACACUGGUUGGAUGGUACAAAGAACAUCAAAAAGCAGGUAAAAAUUGGUUCACCCUAUUGCCUGCAUCUUUGAGUUAAGUUUUAUUCCUCAGAACCAAAUAAUCUUCAUGAAGAGCUAACGCGGUAUUUAUUUGUUCUUCAGUUAAAACAAGAUAUCCUCAGUGGAAAGUUAGAAUGUCCUUUUGAUACAGCAGUUCAGUUGGCAGCAUAUAACCUGCAAGCUGAACUUGGUGAUUAUGAUCUUGCUGAGCGUAGUCCUGAACUUGUAUCUGAGUUCAGGUUUGUGCCCAUUCACACUGAAGAGCUGGAGCUGGCUAUUUUUGAGAAAUGGAAAGAAUACAGAGGUCAGACACCAGCACAAGCUGAAACCAAUUAUCUGAAUAAAGCCAAGUGGCUGGAAAUGUAUGGAGCUGAUAUGCAUGUGGUCAAGGCUAGAGACGGGAAUGACUAUAGCUUGGGACUAACUCUAACAGGAGUCCUUGUUUUUGAAGGAGAGACCAAAAUUGGCUUAUUGUUUUGGCCCAAGAUAACGAGAUUGGAUUUUAAGAAUAAAUUAACCCUGAUGGUUGUAGAAGAUGAUGAUCAGGGCAAAGAACAGGAACAUACAUUUGUCUUUAGACUGGAACACCCAAAAGCAUGCAAACACUUAUGGAAAUGUGCUGUGGAACAUCACGACUUCUUCCGCCUCUGAGGCCCUGUCCAAAAGAAUUCUCAUCGAUCAGGAUUCAUUAGAUUAGGAUCAUGAUUUAGAUAUAGCGGGAAAACUGAGUAUCAGACCACAAAAACCAAUAAAGCAAGAAGAUCAGCAACCUUUGAAAGAAGGCCCAGCAAACGAUAUUCUCGAAGAACUGUACAAAUGAAAGCAAACACAGCAAAACCUGAAGAACUCCGUGUUCACAAUAAUGUUUCAACUCAGAAUGAUGGCUCCCAACAGGCGUGUGGUCUGAGACCUCCUCUGCCUGUGAUGUCUCCCCUUCCCUGUGGUCCUGCACUGGCGGAGAAAGAGAAUGUUCCUCGGAGUCCUGGGGUAGACCAGCACGACAGGAAAUGGCUGUCUGUGGCCAGUGACUGCUGCCAACGUGGUGGACACCAGUGGAGCACAAAGGCCUGGCCCCCACCCCAGACUGCACAUAGAAACUACACUGACUCUGUCCAUGAGCACAGUGUGAAGAAGGCAGGAAUCCACCACGGCUUCCCUGGCCAUUCAGCCAUGAUCGAGAUAUGA